CUUCCAAAACGACUAUUCUUUGACACUCCAAGCCACUCCCCCGCAACGAAUAAUCCAAGCAGAAGGAUAUAUUAUUAUUUACAGCGCUGAAAUGGCGCAAGCUCCGCAUUAGUUAUCGAUGACCUCACAGUGCACCGAUCUCCAAGUUGCCUUGACGAAAACACCACCCCUUGGCUGCAGUUGUUCUCCUCAGCUGAUCGUUAUUCUUACCAAUAAUUACUGUUCAAGGAGUCAGACAUUGUUGACGACGUAAUCGGGGUUUUAUCAUCGUGCAAUCAAAAUAAAUUGGCCAGUAACUUACAAUUGGACUGAUCAACUCCUCUUUCACCAUCAUGCAGCUCACACUCUCGAGCGAGAACGUCCGUGAUACAGUCAUGACAAACUUACAAGGUCAAGUCAUUUAUAAAAUAGAUACUCCUUGGAGUUUGACUGCGCGCACUACCACUAUACGGAAAAUCAGGCCCAGCUCCUCCCCGCUUAGCAUGCGCGAUGACUUCGAAGUCGUAGCAGAAAUUGACUGGCACUCCUGGACGUCGUCUAAAUUCCGCUUCAAUGGCAACCAAGUACGAUCGGAAGAUUAUAUCCCAAGUACUGGGUUUACCAGACGCAAACGCACAUUUAUAGGCCCAGAUGGACGGAAGUACAAAUGGACACUCGGUCGCCGGACGCCUUCUCUUGAGCUGGGGGAUAUUCCUGUAGCUCGCUUCCACAAAAGGAGUUUGGGCGUCAUUGGACAGAGUCAUCCGCCUUACCUCGAGAUAUACCCAGCCGGUGAACAUAUCGUAGACGCGAUUGUUUUGACUUUUAUAUAUGUGGAAAAGCUGCGGAAGGAUGGGCAAAGGGCAGCAGCCGCCAGUGCAGCUGCUUAAACUUAACUCUGCAGAAGCCCGUCCCUGCAGUUCUACUGGCGGCGUCAUGCAUGACUCCAACACUUACGCCUGGUAUCCCAUGACCGAGAGGCAACGCACUCCAACGUUCUCGAUCAGGGGGAACUAUGGCAUCCUGAUUCCCACUACUCGUCUGCCUACUUCAGUAUACUUCUCAAAUGGAGAAUAUCUUUUAUAUUGCGUGUCACAUGUAAUUCCUGGACCCGUAGGUUCCAGGUUUCCAAAGCACAAAUGUCCGCUGCGUUUUCCAAGGACCUUUUAGUCAUUACUCAUUUACGUUUACGCUUCCUUUCCUUUCUCGCACUUUCGGCUCAUUCCCUUCAUUGUCACGUGGCUACCUUGGUGCUACUCACUCUUGCAUCCAUUGUACGUUGUUGCUCUGUGAUCGCUGUAAAGGCCGCACAAAAUGUUAACUGUAAUGGCCUGCUGUGUGAUCUGGACACAGCCGGGGCCAGGUCUGCCCCAGAGGGCAAUGG